AUGGCGGGCGCGGGGCGGCUGCAGGACCUGGACCUCAGCGCCGAGGAGGCGGAGCGGCUCAAGCGCGCCUUCCGCGACGAGAAAUUCCGCGCGCUGUUCGCGGAGUACGCGGCCGAGCUCACCGACCCCGAGCAGCGCCGGCUGUACGAGGAGGAGGUGGCGGCGCUGGAGCGGCAGCGCGGCGUGGAGGUGCGCUUCGUGCACCCGACUCCGGGCUUCGUGCUGCGGACCAGCCAGGACGGCUCCCGCCGCUGCUACAUCAACGUCUGCAGCAACGCGCUGAUGGGGGAGCCGCGGGCCCGCGCCGAGCGCGGCGGGCAGCGCUGGGAGCUGCCCUACAGCCUGGCCCCGGGCCGCGAGGAGCUGCGCCCCGGCGGCCGCCGCCGCCUCCUGUACGACGUGGUGUUCCACCCCGCCGCGCUGCGCCUGGCCGCCCGCAGCGCCCGCUUCCGCCGCCUGCUCCGCGACACGGCGCUGGAGGCCGUGGAGAGCCGCUGCGGGGUGCGGCUGGACCGCAACAACGCCACGGUCCUGCGAGGAGUCUCCUACAAGGGCGCCCCGCAGGCGCCCGUCAUCCGCUCCCCGCUGCCCGGCGGCGCCCCGAAGCCGCCCGACGACGACGAGUCCCCGCUGCCGCCCUUCCCCUUCCCGCCCGCCGCCGGCUCCUCGCCCGCCGCCGGCUCCUCGCCCGCCGCNCGCCCGCCGCCGGCUCCUCGCCCGCCGCCGUCCUCGCCCGCCGCGCCCCCGCCGCCCUCCGGCCCCACCACACCGCGCUGGAGCAUCCGCCACCGCUCCUACGUGGACCUGCAGGACUACCGGCACUGCCGCGACUCCGCGCCCAGCCCGGUACCGCGGGAGCUGGUGGUGACGGUGGAGCUGCCGCUGCUGCGCUCCGCCGAGCAGGCGGAGCUGGAGAUCCGCGGGCGGGAGCUGCGGCUGGACUCGCGCUGUCCCGCCUACCGCCUGCGCCUCCGCCUCCCCUACGACGUGGAUGAGAGCGGCGGGCGGGCCGCCUUCCACCGGGCGCAGCGGCAGCUGCAGGUCACGCUGCCCGUGGUGCCGCCGCCCGGCCCGCGGGAGCCGCCGGCCCCGGCCGCCGAGCGGCUGGAGGGGGCCGAGCCCGCUGCCGAGGGGCCGGCGCGGGCAGGGCCGGCAGAGGCGGCCGGCGGAGCGGCUCCUCCCCCGGAACUCGGGCCUGGCGGCGCGGCCCGCAGCACGUGUGGCGGCGGGGAGCCCGGUGAUCCACUGGCCGAGCCCCCCGCCGACCCACUUUGUGAUCCUCCCGCUGGUCCGGCUGCCGAGCCCCUCGCUGAACCACCCGCGGAACCGCCCGUAGAACCACUCUGUGAUCCACCCGCUGAACCCCACGUUGAUCCAACCUCUGAACCCUUUGCUGACUCCCCUCCUGAAUCCCCUGCUGAACCGGCCACUGGUCCAAGCUCUGAACCCUUUGCUGAACCUGCCACUGAUCCAACCUCUNAACCGGCCACUGAUCUAAACUCUGACCUCCCCGCUGAACCGACCACUGAUCCAAGCUUUGAACCCUUUGCUGACUCCCCUCCUGAACCCCAGGCUGAACCUGCCACUAAUCCAAGCUCUGAACCCUUUGCUGAACCGACCACUGAUCCAAGCUCUGAACCCCCCGCUGGUCCAACCACGGACCCCCGCUCUGAACCUUUCACCGAACCCCCCGCCACUGAUCCACCCGCAGAACCAGAACCACCCACCGAGUCCCCGGGCCCGGCACUGCCCUGCUCCGGUGCCGCUUCCCCCAUCGCCAGCCCCGAGCCAGCCAUGCCCACCGGGGACACCCCUCCGCAGGCCUUCGAGGGCCACCCCAGCGAGGUGGCCGCAUGCCCUCCCUUCCGUGCCCGGCAGGACGAGGCAUCCCUCACUCUGCUCCUGCUCGUGCCCGGCAUCCAGCCCCGGAGCCUCCGCGGGGAUGUGGGCACGCACCACUACAGCCUCCGCUUCCGCACCGACACCGCUGCCUUCGCCCUGUUCCUGCGCUUCCCGGCCGCGCUGCUGUGCCCCGAGAGCAGCGUCAGCGUCUCUGCCCACAACGCCGUGGUGGGGCUCGCCAAGGCCCCGGGCAGCACCGGGCUCUGGGACAAGUUCAGCUUCGGCCUCCACCCCUCCGCUCUGCAGGAAAGAUUGUUUGUCAGUGAGGAGAACGUUGAUGGAUUUCUAGGCACUGCUUUCUGCCCUUCCCCUUGCUCCCAAUCAGCACUGGAAAGCCAGCCUCUAAUUGAAGUGCUGGAUGUUACUGAGGACAGAAUUCAAAUCAGGGUGGAGCCACAGGAACGCGAUGGACAAGGAAUGCUUGGCAGCUCGGGGGGAGCCCUUGCUGGAAAGACGGACAGCAACUACCCCGAAACAAAGGCAGACACAGAGUGUCCUGCAGCUGAGGGAGGUGCUGCAGGAUCCAGCCCAGCUCCCACCGCUGGAACAAUGGGAAAAGCAGGCUGUGCCUCACACCAUUGUUUGCAGCACGAACCUCCUGCCACCAGUUCAGCGAUUCCUGGCGGAGCCGGGAGAACGGAGCCCGAUUUAGAAAGUGCUGCUGCAGCAGGAGACACAGCCCCGGCCCCAGGCUCUGGAAAAGCAGGAAAGCUCCAGGGGGAUGGGGAUGGGGAUGGGGAGGCAUUCCCAGGGCUGGGCAGCAGGGCAGGUUCCCCCGUCCUGCGGGAGGUGAACCCCGAGGACGGCAGCGUGCGCAUCCUCCGCGACCACCGAACGCGCUGCCCCGUGCAGUUCCACAGCCCCCUGCUCUACCAGCUGGAUUAGUGCAUUGUUUUAGCAUUUCCUUCUGUUCUCUGAUGCUUGCUCUGUUUUAGGAUUUCCUUCUGUUGUUUGGUGCAGCUCUGUAUGCUGGUGGAUGACAUGGAGGCCGUGCAUUCCCACUAAAACUGGUACAACACCAAAACUUCUCAUUGUUAACAGUUUAACAGUGUUCUAAUCACAUCUAUGGCGAUAAUUUUACUUACAAGAAAAGUUGGAGGUGACUCUGAGCUCCUGGAAAAAAAUGUAUCUUAUUGUUUACAUAAAUUUUUUAUUUUCUUCCCACAUUUCAGGGAUUAUUUGUAUAUAUCCUCGGUCUAAUGGCUCCCUUGGGAAUUGAGCAGUAGUCAUCAUUUUCCAAACCUUUCAUUUUGUGAUAACUGCAGGAUUAGACUCACAGUGAUUCUUAGCAAUCAAAUGAAAUUUCUAAUUACCCGGAGAAGUUCUAAUUAGUCUCCUAGAAAUAAUCAACAUUUAUACCCUGUAUUCCAUCCUAGUGCUGUGCUUCAGAUCUGCAGCACCCAGAUAUCCCCCAGCUGAACAAAUUCCAUUGCACAAGAACAUCCUCUGGGUGCACGUCUGCUCUGAAGUAUUUACAAUUGGUGAAAUGGAUUCUCUUUAUCCAGAUUAGAUUUAUUUUCUCAGUUUCCCUCGAGUUUCAGCAUUUCCCACCUCCCUAAAGCAGAAUAACCAAGAGAAACAGAGAAAUUCUAAUAAUAAAUUUCCUGUUCCCCUUUCUCA